AAUGGUACAAGUUUCUUGAUGUAUUUGUUCAUCUUGAUGCGCAAGAUAUUAAUUACGUUUAUCAAUGGAGAUUAGAGCAAGAAAGAACUAUGAAAAAUUUAGGAAAAGAAGGGAUGACAGAUGAACAAGUUAUAGAUUUUAUCGAUAGGUAUAUGCCAGCUUAUGAACUUUACUUACCAAAGUUGAGAAAUAAAAAUUUCUUUUGUGAAGAUGGUGAUAGUUUAACAGAUAAAGUUGAGUGUAAAAAUCAUGAGCAACAUUAUGGAAGGCAUUUGAAAGUUAUUUUAGAUAUUAAAAGAGAAAUAAUAGAUCAA